AUGUCAUCUCGUGCUGAUUUCUCUGACCGACUUCCCGAGUCCGCUGAGCGGUUGUCGCUCAUCAACGACUUCAUUCACGGCGAGCCCAACUACAUUCCUGUAGAUUCGACGCAGAUGGCUGCACACAUACCCCUGUCGGUCGACCGCGGGUAUGUGGUGUUCUCCCAGAACCCUGUUAACGCCGGUCACCCUCUGCCGUCCCCACCCUCGGACGCCGUGGACGACGAUGCAACCGACAGUCGGGCAUUUGAGCUCGACAUCAAAAUACUUGCGCCUGUGGCCGUGUACAAUAAUAUCACCUUCUUCCAAUCGGGCGCGAACGGAGAAAUGCGUCCUUAUUUGACUGUCCCUGCGCACGAUCCCAAUCCUACCUCCGCCGCUACUCAGAUCGUUACGUCGGAGAAGUUGAAGACCGGGCCGUGCACAGCCAGGCCGCGCGGGCCGCGCAACCCUGGGCAGACAUGGAAUGACGCUCCUAGUACGUGGAGGCCCCUUCCACCGACACCUAUCUCCCGUGUGGCUAUUUCGCCAUGCAAAGACGUACUUCCCGCGUCCAUGGCACCGAUGGCGCAGAAAACGGUUCAGAAGAGCCCCAAGACACGUCAAAACUACCUCUUCACGUUCGCGUCGCGGGAGUGA